ACAGUUACCUUUUAUUUACAAACCAACGACAAAAGCCCGUUUCCGGCUCUCCUUGUUUACAUCGACGUUCAGGUGUUCUGGGAUCUGCUGUUGCUGUCUGGCAGUGUUCGAUCGCUCACUUCCUGUUUCUGUUCGUAUUCCAAAUUUCUUUUUGGUGCAGUUUAUUAAAUACAGAUAAAAGCCGCAGAAACACUGUAUGAUACAUCUGAAAUGAGUUGUUUGACGCGUGUCUUUCUGUUUUUGAGUAAACGUUGUCCUUUGACCGUCUUCUUCCUGUGCACGUGACGCAUGCGCAUUUAAUUAGUUCAGAUAUUCCAGACGAGCAGAGACAAGAUGCUGAAGUGCGGUCAGUGGGCUCUUCUGCCCCCCAUCUUCUCUGCCUUCACUGCUGCUGGACUGUGGCUGGUAUACUUCAUUGCUGUCCAUGAUGAGAAAAUAGUACCACUGGGCUCGAAAUCCUGGAGAACAAAUGGCUCCUUUUAUCCUCCAUACAUUAGUAUUGCAGGUAACUUUCCACCGGCCAGCUGCAUCUUCAGUGAGGUCAUGAACUUGUCUGCAUUUCUGGCGUUCUUCACGGCCGUCCUCAGAUACCUUCAGCUGAAACCCAGAAUAGACAAGCCGUGGCUGAACGUUGGCAGUCUGACGGCUUUCUCUAUUGGCUGCUUUGGAAUGACGCUUGUGGGAAACUUCCAGCUCUUCAGCGAUGAAGUGAUUCACAACCUGGGCACCUUCAUGACGUUCGGGCUGGGAACGCUGUACUGCUGGGCGCAGUCCUACAUCACCCUGAGAGUUGACAUUAAGAACGAGGGGAGGAGGGCUGGGAUCGUUCGCUUCCUGUUGUCGGGGUCCAUCACUCUCUGCAUGGUGCUCUACUUCUCCCUGAUGGGUCUGGGCCUCCACACGCAAGCAGCUCAGUGCCAGUGGGCGCUGGUAAUGUUCUUCCUCAUCUUCCUCGGCACUUUCGCCAUCGAGUUCCGUCACAGCCGCUUUGACAUUGUGUGCACAGACGACUGUGGGCGUCCAUUAAGCCUGUCGGAGAACCCCUCUGAGGCGUCCACGUAUCAGCCGGACGAACCGUAGAGGUGUUACACUGUCUCAUGCUGUAAAAUACUCGGGUGGAACUGCACCAGGUGGAUCAGCAAGAUUAGAUUAGACCUUGUAUUUACGUUACUGCUAUCAUUAGUAACAGGGGGCAGGGGUGUGCUCCCAUCAGGUCUUAACUCCCUGUUACAAAUGAACAAAUCACUGACUAUAUGUAUUCAUGACUGACUGUUCUAUUUUUGCUAUCUACACCAAAAAUCUGCUUUGUUUACAAUCUGUUUGCUUUGUACGUACGAAUGUUUUGUGGAAUUACUUUUACCAUUUCUGAAACUUCUUUUUAAACAUUAAUCUAAAUUGAAUCUAAAUUGUUGUUGAAACUUCUUAAAUCUUUGCUUUUAUAUCAUUUGAAUGUAUUUAUGUAAUUAGUUUCAUGUAGCUCUUUAAAUGCAGCUUUGCACAAUCAGUAUCACGAAAAAUAAAAGUAAAUUUGU